AUGGCUACAAGGCCGGCGGCGCGGAGCCCGCCCCGGCGCGGGCGCGGGCGCGGCCUGUGGAGCCCGGCGAGGCUGCGCGCGGGACGGCUGGGCCGCCGCGCCCCUCAGACCGCCCGGCGGAGGGGGCGUCCCCGAGCGACGCCCGCAGGCCGCGUCCCUGGACUCCGGGGCUCGGAGCGGGAGGGGCGGCGCGGCUCCCCGCCCGGCCUCAGGGGCGCCGGCGCGGUUUCUGGGCGGCGUCUGCGCGGCCGGCGGCCUGGGAGGCGGGACCCCCGCCGGGAAGAAGGAAACGCGCUUCCAGCUCCGGCAGGAAGGAAGCGGUGGCCGCCGCGCCCGGCGCGGGGACUCACGCCUGGCAUCAGACGCUUCGGGAGGCCGGGGCGGGCGGGUCGCGAGGUCGGGAGGUCGAGACCAGCCUGGCCAACGUGGGGCAGCCCCGUCUCCACUGAGAACACGCACGUCCGCCGGGCGUGGCGGCGCGGGCCUGCGGCCCCGGCCACUCGGGGGGCUGAGGCGGGAGACUCGCUGGGCCCCGGGAGGCGGAGGUCGCGGCGAGCCGAGAUGGCGCCGCUGCGCUGCAGUCCGGCCUGGCUGCGGAGCGAGACUCCGUCUCCAAACGGAGAAGUUGCUCUGUGCGGAGCGACGGGGAAGGAGCCGCCAGCCCGACCGGGGUCGCGGGGAAGAGGCCGGACGGGGCGUUCGGGAGGUCGCCCGGACGAAGGAGCAAAAGGUCGGGAGGCGCACGAGGACUCUGCUAGGCUAAGAAACGGCAGACGCAGCGGAAACCUCCGGAGAGAGAAAACCCCAGGAGGAGAGCGACAGCGAACACGGAGCAGGGGCGCUGCAGGUGUCGGGAGGGCGAAGACGGCCCCAGGCCCGGGCGGGUCCGGCUGUUCGGUGACAACAACGGAAAUCUAAGGCACUUACAGACUCUUACUCUGUAUUAUAGUUAUUCGUAUGCCUCAUUCCCUACUGGAAACGUUUAUUCCUCCGUGUUACACAGACUAGCAGCGUUGGCAUCGCCUGGGAGCCUGUUAGGAACACAGGAGCUGAGGCUCCAGGGUUCGGGAUGUGCAUUUUAACAAGAUCCCAUGAACGUGUGUGAGAAGCGCUGCUUUGACAGCGGGCAGAGAGAAGAUCCGGACUGAUUCCUUUUCACAUACAGAGCGCACUUUUCCUACGCGUUUGCGGAAUGAAGGAUGCAGGAAUCCUGUUGACGGCGAUACAUUUCUAACAAGAUAUGCCCCUUAGGCUUAAACACGCCCAAUGAUGGGAAACCCCAAGCGACACAGGCCAGCCUUUCGGAGUGAGCAGCUCUAUUUGUUGAAAAGUUCAUUUUUUAUGUUAUGUAGUUGGCAGCCCACUUAAGUCCAACAAACGCACUGCUUCCCCAUUUUUUGCUCUGCCUCUUAUCAACUCAUUCUCUGGCUCAUAAACCAAAGACAGUUUACAGAAAAAAAGAAAAAAAAAAGGUACGAUUUUACUGCAGCUUAGCCCCAAAGUGUUUGCUGUGUGAGCACAUCCUUCUUGGUUACCGCUACCUUUCUCCCUCCGCCCGUCAGUUCCUUGCGGUGGGACCCGGAACAAGGCCCUGGAAGGUAUAAUACACUAAACCUUGACUUGAGUAGUGCUCAGUUCUCUGACCCCAAGGUGGUUUCACCACGCCAGAUAAUAUGUCCUGGGUAUGUAUUUCCUUGCAGUAGUCAAAUGAGAUGAGCAGAAACGAAGUAUGUGAGCCAAUGGAACGCUUAAGGAGAGAAACUGCUUUUGCACAGCUAAACGGAAGUGACUUUUGGAUGAUCUGCUUUGGAAGAUUAUCCAUGACACUGUUCUGCUCUGCUCUGCCCUAGCAGCAUUUUUUGUAUACAGGCAGAGAAAUAGCAGUGAUUCCGCUCACCUACAGGAAGACAGAGCCAAUUCAAAGGAAACAUUGAGUUACAAUAUGAAAAAAAAGUGAGCUUCUAAAAGAAAAUCAAAUCCUAUCAGAAGAAGAGUUA